AUGGGCUCUGUGUCAAACCAGCAGUUUGCAGGUGGCUGCGCCAAGGCGCCGGAGGAGGCGCGGGAGGACGCGGCCCGGGCUGCCGAGGAGCCGCAGCUGCUGCACGGAGCCGGCAUCUGUAAGUGGUUCAACGUGCGCAUGGGGUUCGGCUUCCUGUCCAUGACCGCCCGCGCCGGGGUCGCACUCGAUCCCCCAGUGGAUGUCUUUGUGCACCAGAGUAAGCUGCACAUGGAGGGCUUCCGGAGCCUGAAGGAGGGUGAGGCCGUGGAGUUCACCUUUAAGAAGUCUGCCAAGGGUCUGGAGUCCAUCCGAGUCACUGGCCCUGGUGGAGUGUUCUGCAUUGGGAGUGAGAGACGGCCAAAAGGGAAGAACAUGCAGAAGCGCAGAUCAAAAGGAGACAGGUGCUACAACUGCGGCGGUCUAGACCAUCAUGCCAAAGAAUGUAAGCUGCCACCCCAACCCAAGAAGUGCCACUUCUGCCAGAGUAUCAGCCAUAUGGUGGCUUCCUGUCCACUGAAGGCUCAGCAGGUGCCCAGCUCACAGGGAAAACCAGCUUACUUUCGGGAAGAAGAGGAAGAGAUCCAUUCCCCUGUGCUGCUCCCAGAGGCCCAGAAUUGAGCCACAUUGGAUGGGGGCUAUUCAUUUGUGAUCAGGAAGUUUUGAGGAGCAGGCAUCAAUCGGCAGAGUGGAGAAAGUGGGGACAGGGUGGGUAGGGGGCAGCUGGCACUGCCAUGUUUCUCAGGUUUCAGUCCAUAGCUUCAUCCCCUCUUCCCUCUUGGUGGGGGGAUGGAGUGAGGCAAAGGAACUCCCAACCCUGCUCUAUCCAAAUGCAUGUGAGGGCUUUGAAGGAAGCCCUGUAUGCUUUAUCAGAGUCACUAUCCCCAGAAUCACCAGCUUUGGAAAAUGCCUUAGAAUGGGAAGUUGGUUUCCUUUUAAAGAAGGACAUGCAACUAUGUCUCAUGCUAGAGCGCAAAGGGUAAACCUGAAACCACUACAUUCUGUGGGAAGGCAUCUCUUUAGGGAUAAGCAGGGUUUUUCCACACCUCCUCUCUUCAUGCCCCCAUUCUUGGGUUAGGGUGCUGAGAACUGUCCCAAGUAAUGGCUUGUGCUGACAGGCAAAAGAGGUGAUUAGGGGAACAGCUGCACAUCUGCUGCUUCUAAACUCACUCUCCAAUUCUAGACAAUAUGAUUUUAUUUAUUUGCUCCCUUGGACAACUGCACCUUGGGUCCCACUUUCUCCAGGAUGCCAACUGCACUAGCUGUGUGCGAAUGACGUAUCUUGAGCAUUUUGACUUUUUUGUUGUUGUUGUUAUAUAAAUAUUCUGGUUUUGUAUUUUUGUGUGUUUUAAUCUAAGGCCCUCAUUCCUGCACUGUGUUCUCAGGUACAUGAGCAAUCUCAGGGAUAAGUCAGCAGCAGCUCCAGGUCUGCACAGCAGGAAUACUUUUUCUUAUUUUAUCACUAGGGAGAUCAACUAUUUGGAUUGUAUAGCCUAUUGAACUACCUCAUUUUUGCCAACUAGAGCUGGCUUUUCUGUCACAGUGUAGUCUUAACCCUUCCACCUUCAAUGGAUUGAUAGAAGACUUAAUUUUAACUAGAUUUCCACAUGACUUGAUCUACUAGCUUAUUGGAAAUUGGUCGGAACAGAGAAGGUGGUACAGAUGGGUUAGGAGAGGCUGGGCCAGGUGAAAGGCACUAGGAGGAGCAACUGAAGAUUGAUGAGGUUGUCUAGAGGUGUGAUAAAGAAUUCCUGUUCCAGACCUUCAAAUCCCAGGGCAUGGGACUCCCUUUACAUGUCAGAUCCAUCCUUCACUGGAUUGGGCUAGGCCUACCAUGCACAACAGAGGGUGUGUGUGUGUGUGUGUGUGUGUGUGUGUGUGUGUGUGUGUGUGAGAUGUGGGUUGUUAAGGAUAAGUUUUAAGACAAUUUUUCUGUCCACCUUGAGCUGCCCAGGUAUUUGAGACAGGGACUAAAAUCCUUAACCAUUUAACAAUUCUGGGAUUUUCCUCCUUGGCUUCCAAAGACACCAUAAGAGAUGGCUUCCUCUGGUGCCCAGAGCCAGUGUAUCCUGUCCUGUGGCACCAGUGAUUCAUCAUAGUAGCCAAAGGAGAAAGGGGGUUUCGUUUACAUGCUGUGAGAUCACUGCUAACUUACCUCACUGUAUUGAGACGGGGCAAAUGCAAUAAAACGCAUUGGGUGAUAUGUGUCUGAUCCUGAGUUGUCUCCCUCAACUGCUGCCCCCCUCUAGUUAUUGUAUUUGUCUGGCUUUUGUAGGUCUUCAUGAGUAGCUGAUUUGGUGAUUGCUAGGUGGCCUAGUUAGUGUAAAUAUAAUGUCCGUUGGUCUUCUCCAUGUUGUUUUGGGGUUUUAUUGUUUACAAACUUUUUUGUAUGAGAAAAAAAUAGCCAAAGCAUCUUUGACAAAAAGUUCUGCACCAAACAAAAGGAUCUGAAACAAUCUUGGGGACUCUUCUGGGGGUGAGGGGGCUUGAAUCAUGCUUUUGUGUUCCCCUGCCCCUACUAUUUUGAUAGGAUCUUCCAUUUCCCAAACUUCUGCUCCUCCCCCUCCACCUUUUAACAUCCCAAAAAGACUUCUACACAGUAAAUUUUUGGCUUGUCACCAUAAUUCUUAAUUGAAUUGGGGGAGAGGGGACCCACUCUCAUUUACUCCCAGUCUCUUGAGUCAAGACUAUUUCUUGGUGUGAUUCAUGCCAAAAUACACACUGCCAUAUCAAUUAAGUCCUAAGGUGGAGAGAAGCAAUGAAGGGUUUUUCCAUGAAGAAAGUGGGGUCAGGAGACCAAGAGAGGGAACAUGAAUGUAUAUCCAAGUCACUCAGGAACUUUUAAGCAGGUGCAAGAAACUUAAAGUCAAAGUGGCCACAAGAUUGUUUAAUAGGAGACGAACGAAUGUAACUCCAUGUUUACUGCUAGAAACCAAAGUUUUGUGUGAAACCUUGAAUUUAUGGGGAGUGAGGGAAAGUAGGAAAGCAUGUACCUGUUCUUUCCCUGAUCCAUUCCCCUCAUUCCUGAACUGCAGGAGAAUUGAGCCCUGUUGGGCUUUGGUGACCCCAUUACUGGGAAAUGUUUAUUUGAUGACUUUGCUGUGCCGGGUACUUCCUUUUCCAUUUGCUAUCAUUUUGUUACACAAUGCUAACC